AUGGACUCCUCCUCCUCCCGCCGCCGCCCCCUGCGUGAUCUGGAUGGCGACGGCGACGACGAUGACCUCGAGGAGGGCGAGUACGUCCCCGGCGGCCGCGACGAGUCCUCCGACACCGACGGCGACGACGACGGCUACCGGCUCCAGCGCCGUCUGGAGGGCCAGCUCGGCCGCGGCGUGAGCUGGAUGGAAGUCGCCAUGGCGUCGGGCCGGCCGGUCGGGGUGCCGCGGCCACUCGUCGCGCGUUCGUCGUGCGAAUCUGACGGGACGAUCAGCGACGACGGCAGCAACCCCAGCGCGGACUCGUCUGCUGUGGUCAGCAGCGCCGAAGCGCCGGCGCGGAGGUUUGCGUGCCACGUCUGCGGCAGGGGGUUCAACAGCCUGAAGGCUGUGGACGGCCACAUGAGGGUCCACGGCAACGGGCGCAUGGCGGAAGCGGCGGUGGUCGGCGGCGGCUGGGCCGCCACCGGGAAGCGAGGUUGGACGGGGGGUAAACCUUCAGUCGCAGCAGUCUGUCUGAACUCUGAAUCCACGGACGACCACUCCACGGCCGUUGUGGUGGCGCAGCCGAUACCCAUGGCGAUCGCAGUGACCAGCAGUCCGUCGUCGACUCCCGUUCUGUCGUCCACUAGAACCAAUCUAUCCGGUGAGGAGAGCAGCAGCAGCGCCACCGCGCAGCCGAUGGACUAUGAGGCGCCGGCCGUGGCGACGGUGGUGACAGGACCCAAUAAUCCUUCCACUGGGGCCGUCGUCCACCACCAGCAGGCUGCGCCGAUUCCUGCAGCGGAGCAAGCUCGUCCAGUCCACCAGCCGGCAGUGCCGCCGCCGCAAGCUCGUCCAGUCCACCAGCCGGCCGUGCCGCUGCCGCCGGCAAGCCUCGCUCAACCGCGACGUGUGUACAGCUGCAAGCUGUGCGGGAAGUCGUACUCGUCGCACCAGGGCCUGGGCGGCCACGCGGCCGGGCACAGGAACAGGCAGAAGGAAGCGGAGGCCGCGGCGGCGGCAGCGGAGAUGAUGAUGGGUCUGGGCCAGGACGGCGCCGCGUUCCGCCGCGGCCGCAGGGCGGAGGAGCCGCACGAGUGCCAGAAGUGCCACAAGGUGUUCGCCACGGGGGUGGCGCUCGGAGGCCACAUGAGGAUGCACUACACCGGCCCGCCGAUCGUGCACAAGAGGAACAAGAGGAGGUGCCCCGCGCCGCCGCCGGCACCGGCCGUUAGCGAGGCCGACCUCAGGCUUGCGCUGUCGACCGUAACGGAAGAGCGGCGGCCGUCGCCGUCACCGGCCGUGGCUGCUGGCAGGGUGCGUCUCUUUGGCAUUGACAUCGGCCCGCAGGUACAAGCGCCGCCGUCAAAGGAAGAGGAACAGGGCUCGUCGUCGUCUGAAGGCGAGAAGCAGUAG